CAGUGGCGUUCAGAUACACUCAGUGCAGAGACAGAGUGGGGCUGUGUAUCAGAAGGCAACUUUCAGCAGUAACUCCAGAAUGGAUGGGCUCCUUUAGAUUUGGAAUAAACCAGACACCCCGGGACUGAAGGUUCAUUUCGAUACAGAGCGGGCCCGGGACCUAUUCAGAUUUGGAGGGGGUCUGGGACGAGGUUCCUCCUGUUGGUUUGGUUCUCACACCGUUGGCAGAAUGAGAGUGGCACUUGGCUGUGUGCUGGCAUCUAUCUGUACCCUCCUGCUCAACUCGAGGGUCUGCCAUGCCAUUCGUUGGCUUGCUCUGGCCAGGACUGACCCAGGAAUGGCCUUCAACCAGACCCAGAACUGCAAGCACCUGGAAGGGUUGGUCUCAGCUCAGCAGCAGCUGUGCCGGAGUAACCUGGAGCUCAUGCAGAGCAUCAUCCAGACAGCCCGGGAAGUCAAGAAAACCUGCCAGAAAACCUUUUCUGAUAUGAGGUGGAACUGCUCUUCAAUCGAACUGGCUCCCUACUUCCCACCAGACCUGGAGAGAGGUACCAGAGAGUCCGCCUUUGUCUACGCUCUCUCCGCUGCUGCUAUCAGCCAUACCAUAGCCAGGGCCUGCACCACAGGAGACCUUCCUGGCUGCUCCUGCGGGCCACUAGCCUCUGAGGCUCCUGGGCCGGGGUUCCGAUGGGGUGGCUGCAAUGACAACCUGAAUUACGGGAUAGUGCUGGGAUCCAAGUUCUCCGACUCGCCGAUGAAGAUGAAGAAGUCCGGAUCGCAAGCGAACAAGCUGAUGAACCUGCACAACAGCGAGGUUGGGCGCCAGGCCCUGAAGGCAUCCCUGGAGAUAAAGUGCAAGUGUCACGGAGUCUCAGGCUCGUGCUCGGUGAAGACGUGCUGGAAGGGGCUGCAGGAGCUCAGCAGCAUUGCCCAGGACCUCAAGCUGAAGUACCUGUCAGCCACUAGGGUGGUCCAUCGCCCAGUGGGCACCCGCAAACAGCUGGUCCCCAAGGACAUUGACGUCAGGCCCAUCCGCGAGAGUGAGCUGGUGUACCUGCAGAAUUCACCGGACUUCUGCACGAGGAACGAGAAACUGGGCUCCAAUGGAACUCAAGAGAGGCAGUGCAACAAAACAUCCAAUGGCAGUGACAGCUGUACCCUGAUGUGCUGUGGACGAGGCUACAACCCUUACAUGGAGAAGGUGGUGGAGCGUUGUCACUGCAAGUACCACUGGUGCUGCUACGUGACAUGCAAAAGGUGUGAGAGGAUAGUGGAGAGAUACGUCUGCAAGUGACCCC